GGGGGGAUCAGUAGGAGCAGUUGCAAUGCGGAGGUUUGAUUUCUCGCAUAAAUUAUCAAACGAUGUGAACGAAUCGCGCGAUUGACAGCGCGUCGAGGGAUCUUGACUGGAAAUAUGUGAUUGUCGGGGAUCUUGCCAAACGAUCGCCGAUAAACGGCUGUGAUCUUAAGAUACGGACAGAGACACGAAGAGGAAGCCAAGUUCCAUCCGUGGCACGGAUAAUCGUCUCAUACGACCAGAGAACGCUCGUCGAGAAUGUUUCAAUGUUAAAUAUAGCGUGGGCAUCGCCGCGCGAAACGUGAAAAAAAAAAAUAAAAAAAAUAAAAAAAGAAAAAGAGGAGAACGUCGACGGCUUUGCGAGAACUCCUCGUCGUCGACGAAAUUUUUCGCGUUCGUAGAAUUCUGUGACGUCACACCUGAUCGCGACGACCAAGUCAAGGCCGUGCGAGAAUCCGCUCGUUAAUGGACUCGGAAGAGGGAUGCUGCUCGCUUUAACGCAUCUCUGCUCCGUCAUGAGGAAAGAUCUGUCACAGAGAGAAAAGGGACGAUGCGUAUAGGGAAAAAAAAAUUCUACUCGCACAGCUUUAAAUUCUACUAGACUCUAAUUUAUAUCAGCUAUGUUAAAGGCUUCCCAUCUAUAAAUUUCAUAACUUGCCAAGAAUCCGAUGACGCGCAUUUGAUUUGGCACUGUAUACUAAAUGAUAGAAAAUAUUACAAAGUUGAUUAUAUAAUGUGAUUAGAUAUAUAUAUAUAUAUAUAUAUAUGAUCCCAGUGAUACUUCUGACAUACAUGCUGUAAGAUGUAUACAUCGAGAUUACUGUUGUACAGAUUUUACAAGGAUGCGACAAGAAUAUGUUAGUGUGAGCUUUGCACUGCCAUAACACAGUUCAAACAUUGAUAAUUGACAGGAAGUUAAAAAUCAUAUGUCAUAUAAAUAUAAUUAAAAAUCAAGAAGAAUACAUACCCACGUAUAUAUACACAUUGACAACAGUGACUUAUCGUGUAUCUAUCUUGCGAAUAUUAAUAUUUUUUAUUAAAAUUGAAAAUGUGUAUAUAGAUAAUAUUUGCAGAAAUAUAAUUAAUCGAGAUAUAUAAAAAAAAGCUGACAGUUUUAUGACAGAAAUUAUUAAUCAAAGUUUUGUGUAAAUAGACAGUUAUUGAUUUUUUGAUGUGUGAAAAAAAGAUGUAUAAUAAAAAUAUAUAUAUGCAGUUUUAGUUUUAUAAUGAUCUCAUUUGUAAUGCAAAUGUAAUAUAUCAGUAAAUGUAACAACGUACAUAUAAUGACAGAACAAUUGAAGAAGUUAUUUGCAAAAUAAUUAAGAUAAAGUAUUUAGCAAAGUACAUAUAUAGUGUAUUUCGAUUACAGUGCAAUAUUUUGGACAUUAUAUUAAAAGAGUUAUGAAAAAUCAUGAAAACAAUGAUCGAAUCAAAUCAAUGAUUGAAACAAAUAAACUGAGAAUAAUAUUGAAGAACGAAUUAAAAUUUAGCAUAAAACUGAUAUGCGGAAACAGUGUACUAAUAUUAUAUUAAGAGAAGAUUGUCUAUUUCUUUAUCGCAUACGCAUGAGUGGAGAAUGACAAAAGCGUCAAUUAGAAUGUGAAUAUGAAAAGAAAUAUAUAUAGUAACAUUUCUUAGGGGUCAUGCCCCCUGGGGCAAACGGCGGAACAGAGGGCUUUGGCCCGUCCUGUUCUGAGAUACAUAAUAAUCAAGAUCAUGCUAUAGCUAAACUUACACCUCCUCUUACAUUUGUUCAACAAUGCUACAGACAUCUCAAGAGUUCUGGUGUGGGCGAGGCGAGCGUGUAUCAUGCAUUAGUUGUAAUAUUUUUGGAAUUCUUCGCAUGGGGAUUAUUGACCAUGCCUAUUAUUUCGGUAUUGAACGAAACAUUUCCGGAUCACACGUUCCUGAUGAAUGGUUUGAUAAUGGGAAUUAAAGGAAUCUUAUCUUUUCUCUCUGCGCCACUGAUCGGUGCCCUGUCCGAUGUAUGGGGUCGAAAAUUCUUUCUACUUAUCACAGUGGCCUUCACAUGUGCACCGAUUCCCCUAAUGAGCAUUAAUACAUGGUGGUUUUUUGCCAUGAUUUCCAUCAGCGGCGUAUUUGCCUGCACAUUUUCAGUGGUAUUUGCAUAUGUCGCAGAUGUAACGGAAGAAAAUCAAAGAUCGCUAGCAUAUGGUUUGGUAUCUGCAACUUUUGCUGCAAGUAUGGUAAUAAGUCCAGCUUUGGGUGCUUAUACCAUGACAACAUAUGGAGAAAAUCUUGCCGUAGCAUUAGCAACUGCUAUUGCAGUCUUGGAUGUGUUUUUCAUAUUAGUGGCUGUACCUGAAAGUUUGCCUGAGAAAGCACGUCCACCAGCACCUAUAUCAUGGGAGCAAGCUGAUCCAUUUGCUGCUCUUGGAAAGGUUGGAAAAGAUCAUACUAUUCUAAUGCUGUGUGUUACUGUGUUCCUGAGCUAUCUUCCUGAAGCAGGACAGUAUAGUUGUAUAUUUGUUUAUUUAAAACUGGCUAUGGGCUUCUCCGGUUUCAUGGUGGCUAUAUUUAUUGCUGUGGUGGGCAUCUUGAGUGUGGGAGCACAACUUGUAUUAGGACCCUUGAUGAGAACACUUGGUAGUAAACAUACUAUAAUGCUUGGUCUGUUAUUUGAGAUGCUACAACUCAUGUGGUAUGGAUUCGGCUCGCAAACAUGGAUGAUGUGGGCUGCUGGAGUACUUGCUUCUGUAUCAAGCAUAACAUACCCCGCAAUUUCCGCGUUUGUAUCCAUGCAUUCCGAUGCUGAUAAGCAAGGAUUAGUACAAGGCAUGGUAACAGGGAUGCGUGGUCUCUGCAAUGGACUUGGCCCUGCUAUGUUUGGUGUUAUAUUCUACCUUUUUCACGUUGAUCUUAACGACGACACGCCUAAUCUUCCCUUGAAACCAUCAUUUGUGGAUGAGAACAACAGGACGGGAACUAAUACGCAUCUUGAUAUAAUGCCUCAGCUUGUACCAGGACCGCCGUUCGUGUUUGGUGCAUUACUUGUGAUCUGCGCGCUGUUGGUAGCUGCGUUUAUUCCCGAAUCAAAUACCAUGUCAACAGGAUCGUUGCAUCAUCCAUCCACAUCCCGGAGGCCCUCCGGUAAAUACGCAUAUCAGAAAUGUUUAUCUUUAGAUGUUCAGUACGAGGCAGACCGAGCGGGAAGUGGAAGAGGAAAGAUCGGUCCGUUAUCGCCACUAGUCGACAAUUGUAAUUCUGCCGCGCUAUAGUGUCUAUUGAAAAAAAAAGUAAAACAAGCCAUAGCAUACGAUGAAAAUGUUAUAGAUAAGCGAUAAAACUUGAGCUUUAAUCAAGCGAGAAAAGUCAUCGCUGUAUGAAGUGCAUCUGACUCGAAUGGAGAUUGUAAUAGAAUUGUCUAUAUUGUAUUAUACUAUUUGUUUAAGGCAAUAACUCUAUAAAAUUGAUUUUAGGACUAUUGAUGGAACUUAAUGUUUAGGUUGUGACAAAUUUCCCACAAGCAGUGCUUGUGCGAUGAUACGUGGGUUGAUCUCAAAGUCGAGUAUAAUCGUAAUACAAGCAUGUUAUGUUACGAAAUGUGUGUUAAAUUAGCUCUUCCUUUUUAAGAUUCUUGCGUCGAUUUUUAAACGACAGAUAUGAUAGCUUUUAUGCAAAGUAUCAGUGACUCCUAGUUUAUGCAACUUGCCAACAGCACAAAAUGGCACACGAAUGAAAGUUGUAAUCAGUAUUUUUUAUUAGGCUCUUAUAUAACUUAAAAAACAAUUGAUUCUUUACACACUUUGAUCCUAUAUUUCUGUAUCUUUUUCUCUUAUAUUUCUGAUUUAUGUUACCACUUUUUACAUUACAUGCUAAUAAGCACUUGAUGGAAACCACAAUGUAUCUUUUGCAUCUAUAUAUGUUUAUACAGUAGUAGAAAUAGAUUUUACACACAUUCCUUAUAAGCAUAAUUUUUACACACAAUACAUAAUAAUACAUCAAAAAAGAUUAAAAUUCUGUGGAUCGUAUUUCUUUUUAUAUAGAUACAAUAUAAUUAUUACUUAUUGUACAUCAUCAUCAAUAUAAUUUAGCUAAUAUUCGUAGAUCAUGUGAUCAGUCUUGUUUUGCACAAACUAUUUAUUUUAAUAGAUAGAUACUAUGAACACAGAUAACGAGAAAGGCCUCAAUGAUAGCAGCAGAUUAUACAUAGUUUGUCAUUCAAAGGCAAUGGUAGACGUCAAUAUUAUGACUAACGCGCGAAAUUGUAUUAUUAAUAAUUAAUUAAAAAUCAGAAGUAUUCUUAAAUUUAUGCGUGUUAUAAUCGGAGUCAUUGAUGUUAUAAAAUGAAAAGAAAAAAAUUUUAUGAUAGAAUAAAGCUUUGUAUAUACUUUGCUUCUAUUUUAUAGAAGAAUAUCAAAAUCUUUUAGGAAAAGUAUAUCUAUUUUGUCACAGUGGCAUUGAUUUAUAAUUUAGAUCAUUUAAACUAUGCAGUUUAAUAUUUAUAUUAUUAUCAUUAAUAAUAUAUUUACACGAAAAAUCGAAUUUAAAAGUAAUUUGUAGGAAAUGACAGUAAUUUUUUAAUUGCUGAAUUGAUAUCUUAAAGUUAUUAUGAAAUCGAUUAGUCUUUAUUAAAGCCAAAGAGGGAUUAACGAUACAUAUUGCAGACACAAAUUAAUCUAAAAAUAACAAUAAUUUCUAUAGACGUUUGUGUAUAAUGUAUAAAACGCACUCCUAUUCAGAGUCCUUCAACAAUUUCCUUUUUUUUUUUUCAUAAAUAUUGCACUUUUUCGUAAUUAUGUAUUUCUUGGAAAUAUCUAAAGAUAUAUUUAGUUUACAAUUAUAUUUUUAUUAUAUGCAUAUUAUAUUUAUUGGACGAUAUUAAUACGAUAUUUUGUGGAUAUAAAAAUUUAAUAAAUAUGUAUUUAUAAAUACAUAUUGAAUAUCAACUUCUCAUUUAUGUACAUGUGUUAGAUUAAAAAAGAAAAAGAUUUACUAGAAUUAAAGUUUCCAUCGAUAUGAUAAAAGUACUAUGGUUCUUACGAUCAAAUGUAAAUGCAAAAUUACAUGCGUUUUCUAGAGUCUAGUUGUCGGUAAAAUAUUACAGAAUGAAGUAGAAAUCGUGAACAGAUGCAAACAGUGCAACUACAAUUCUAUAAUUUCAAUUUCCUUAGAAUUACUUAUAAAAUCGCUCUUAUAUGCUGAAAUAAAUAUAUACAAUUGUAUUAUAAAUACAAAGCAGAGUGCAGGAAAAUUAUAUAAUGUUAAGGAUGAAUAAAGUUUAGAAUAAGUCUUGACUCUAUCAUGAGUUAAGUAAUUGUAUAUGUAUAAUGUACGAUGAAUGCAUUAAUAAAAAAUUAUUUUUAAGAUAAA